AUGCCCGGGGGGGCCACCUGUCUUCAGCGGUUCCCGAUCGGUGGUUCGGCCCGAUCUGCGGCUGACCACCGGAUGAUCGAUGGGCAACAAGCGUCGCUCCUUGCAAUCGUCUGCUACACUCCAUUAAUCCGGGGAUGGCAAGAAAUCUUCGCCGAGGUGAACGACCGCGUCCAAAUCGUGUGCCCGUACUCGUCGGUGCUCCCCGUCCACCAGUCGAUCAUCUACCGCGUGUCGCAAGACGACUUCUUUGACUGCCGACUAGGGCCUUCUGCCAAAGAGGCUGGGCGUUGUGUGUCUCCACGAGAAGCCUCGUCACUUUCUCUGGCUUUCCGGUCAUUCUCACCAAAUCCAUUUGCGCUGGAAUAUCACCCAGAUCGCACCUACUAUUUCAUCUCGACUUCUGAUGGCUCAUCUGAAGGCCUCGACCGUAAAGUCGGCGGCCUCUGCGAGUCGGACGGCAUGAAAAUGAUGGUGCACAUUGCUGAAAAAGCAGAAGCAAGCUGGGUGAGACAAUGGGCCGACCCGUUGCCGUUGCUACCGCUAGAUAAAAUGGAGCCGGAAUCCCCCCUACAACGCUCCCUCUACGAACUGGACCACCUUGGCAAUGAACUCGUCGAUCGAGUCGAAUUCCAAAUCCAUGAGAUCGGUGAUGCCGAGGCAUUCUCGUCGUCAGCAAGAAGUCGGCUCUGCUCCGCCAUCAUCGCAGCCGUGUUCCUGUUGUGCUUCUUU